CCAAACGCCACCCAGAACAGGUUGGUUGGUUGGUGAACACCUCCAACAUCAACCAUUCAUCAAGACUCGCACAACUCGUACCAGCGCCGCGGUCAUCGCCCCGCCUAACUGCUGCGAUGGCUCCGGCACGGGACACGCCGUUCCGCUCGGCGGACAUGAGCAUGGUGCAACUGUACAUUUCCAACGAAAUCGGCCGCGAAGUCGUCAAUGCCCUCGGCGAGCUUGGCCUAGUCCAGUUCCGAGAUCUCAACGGCGACCUUAGCGCAUUCCAAAGAGCAUUCACCCAGGAUAUCCGCCGCCUCGACAAUGUCGAGCGUCAGCUCCGCUACUUCCACGCCCAGAUGGAGAAGGCCGGCAUCCCUCUCCGCAAGCUCGACCUGGACGUCGACACGCUCGCCCCGCCAACAACAACCGAGAUCGACGAGCUCGCCGAGCGCAGUCAGAGCCUGGAGCAGCGCGUGUCCUCCCUGAACGAGAGCUACGAGACGCUGAAGAAGCGCGAGGUCGAGCUGACCGAGUGGCGCUGGGUGCUGCGGGAGGCCGGUGGCUUUUUUGACCGCGCCCACGGCAACGUCGACGAGAUCCGCGCCUCGACCGACAACGACGACGCCCCGCUGCUGCAGGACGUCGAACACCACAUUUCGGCCCCGGAAGUUGAGCGGUCCUUCUCCGGCAUGAACAUUGGCUUUGUUGCCGGUGUGAUUGCCCGAGACCGUGUUGCGGCCUUUGAGCGCAUCUUGUGGCGGACGCUACGCGGCAACCUGUAUAUGAACCAGGCCGAGAUCCCUGAGCCGCUCGUCGACCCCGCCAACAACGAGCCCGUCCAGAAGAAUGUCUUUGUUAUAUUCGCCCACGGCAAGGAAAUUUUGGCCAAGAUUCGGAAGAUCUCCGAGUCCAUGGGUGCCGAUGUAUACAAUGUUGACGAGAACAGCGAGUUGCGGAGAGACCAGGUGCACGAGGUCAACGCCCGGCUCAACGAUGUCCAGAGCGUCCUCGGCAACACGCAGCAGACGCUCGAGGCAGAGCUCACCCAGAUCUCGCGCUCGCUUUCGGCCUGGAUGGUCCUUAUCAGCAAGGAGAAGGCCGUCUUCAACACGCUCAACCUGUUCUCCUACGACCGCGCCCGCCGCACUCUCAUUGCCGAGGCCUGGAUUCCCAAACAUGAUCUCCCGCUCAUCCGGUCGACGCUGCAGGAUGUCACCAACCGAGCUGGUCUUUCGGUGCCGUCGAUCAUCAACGAGAUCCGAACCAACAAGACACCGCCGACGUACCUCAAGACGAAUAAGUUCACCGAGGCGUUCCAGACCAUUGUCAACGCCUACGGCACCGCUACGUACCAGGAAGUCAACCCCGCCAUUCCCGUAUUCGUCACGUUCCCCUUCCUGUUCGCCGUCAUGUUCGGCGAUCUCGGCCAUGCCCUCAUCAUGCUCUCUGCCGCCCUGGCCAUGAUUUACUGGGAGAAGCCGCUGAAGAAGGUCACCUUCGAGCUCUUCGCCAUGGUGUACUACGGCCGGUACAUCGCCCUGGUCAUGGCCGUCUUCUCCAUCUUCACAGGUCUUAUCUACAACGACAUCUUCUCCAUGUCCAUGACACUGUUCAAGAGCUCGUGGGAGUGGGAGGUGCCACCCGACUACCGCCCGGGCCAGACGCUCACCGCGAGGAUCCGAGACGCCAACUACCGCUACCCGUUCGGCCUGGACUGGCGGUGGCACGGCACUGAGAACGACCUACUCUUUACCAACAGCUACAAGAUGAAGAUGAGCAUCAUCCUCGGCUGGGCCCACAUGACGUACUCGCUCUGCUUCUCGUACAUCAACGCGCGCCACUUCAAGCGGCCCGUCGACAUCUGGGGCAACUUUGUCCCCGGCAUGAUUUUCUUCCAGUCCAUCUUUGGCUAUCUCGUCAUCUGCAUCAUCUACAAGUGGACCGUUGAUUGGUUCGGCACCGGCCGGCAACCCCCGGGGCUGCUCAACAUGCUCAUCUACAUGUUCCUUCAGCCGGGCUUCAUCGACGAGCAGCUGUAUCCGGGCCAGAAGCAGGUCCAGAUCCUGCUGCUACUCCUCGCCGUCAUUCAGGUGCCAGUGCUCUUGUUCCUCAAGCCGUUCUGGCUGCGCUGGGAGCACAACCGCGCCCGCGCCAAAGGCUACCGCGGGAUAGGGGAGCGUUCGGCGACUAGUGCCCUGGACGAUGACGAGGAUGAGCACCAGGGGAAUGGGCGGCAAAGUGGAGAGGGCGUUUCCAUGAUCGCGCAGGGUUUGGACGACGAUGAUCAUGAUGAGGGUGAAGGGCAUGGCCAUGGUGGGCAUGGGGGGGAAUUUGAGUUUGGUGAGGUCAUGAUUCAUCAGGUCAUUCAUACCAUUGAAUUCUGCCUCAACUGUGUCUCGCACACGGCAUCGUACCUCCGUCUCUGGGCGCUCUCGCUCGCUCACCAGCAGCUCUCGGCCGUCCUCUGGUCCAUGACCAUGGGGCCCGCCCUGAAGAUGACGGGUAUCGGCGGCGCCAUCUUUAUGGUCGUCACCUUUGCCGCGUUUUUCUUCUUGAGUUGUGUUAUCCUGAUUGUCAUGGAGGGUGUCUCGGCUAUGCUUCACUCGUUGCGUCUGGCGUGGGUCGAGUCAUUUUCCAAGUUUGCCGAGUUUGGCGGGUGGCCGUUUGCGCCGUUUUCGUUUAAGCAGCUGUUGGAAGAGUCGGAGGAAUUGAAGGAGUACUUGGGGUGAAUUGGAUGUAGAACAUGUUUGGUUGAGUGGUGGUUGAGCUGUAGUAUUAGUUUGCAUGUGAAUUACACUAGAUCAAUGGCGGAUUUAUAAUGUGCUUUCCUCCCU